AUGCCUACGUCAACAGCUACACCAGCUCACAGCCCCGCGACGAAAUCCAGUAUCAUGCCAGAUGAGACAACAGAGACGCCAGUAUCAAUCCGAACCAAAGAGGAGCGUGGCCUCGUCAUUUGCACGCUUAUGGAGGGAAAACCCCUUUUCAGUCACAACAGCUGUUGUAUUGUACGUAGCCUUGCUGACACUGCCAUCACCGCGAAACGAAUGGCUAACCAUUUGGUGAACAGUAUUAUAAUCAGCUCAGGCUGCCUCCUAUACACCAAUGUCUUCUAUCAUAACUACAUCAUUGGCGCCUUCCACAAAUUCCCCGAGCCCGUGGCGAAGCAGAUGCGCAAAGCUCUGUAUUACACAAAUAUGGCCCCGGAUACAAAACUUGCUCUCAAGUAUUACAAGGAAGCACUACGAGUUGCGGACGAGAUUGGAAUGGAUCCCUUCUCGGAUGAAGUAAUCGGCAUCAGGAUCCAAGUGGCGGCAUUGAUGGAGAAGGUACAACAAUAUCACAGGGCCAUUGACGUUCUUGAGAUUGUCAAGUCGGAUAAUUUGAAGUGGAUGGAAAAAUUUGGCGACAAGCCCGGCAAUGAAGCCAAAAAAACUAGGAUCCUGAAGACGACAGUCCGUGUAAGCGUCAAAUUGGCCGAGUUAUAUGCAAAUGAGUACGUUCUAGAGAAGGAACUGGCGGAAGACAGGCUGGUUUGGGCUGUCGAGACUGUUCUAAGGGAGCAGCAGAGGCGAGAGAAGGAGGGCGUAAAGCCAGAGGAAGGAGAGUGGUUUUCUGUGGAGGAGCAGUGUAGUUCACUAGAGUUUCUUGCGCACAUGUACGAGGAGAAGAACCUCCACUACCUCGCCGCCCCUUUAUUCCUCCAAGCCAUUAUCUUAUCCCCACCUUCAAGCUGUCAUACAGCUGUAUUAAUGAACAAUCUUUCAAUCUCCCUCGCGCAACAAGUCCCACCCCCAACACCUGGCCACCCGCCUGCAUCACGACCAGAACUCAUCAACAACGGCCGAGCCUGGGCCGAGAAUGCUAUUGCAAUGGCAGCCAAGAUCAAACCGCCUGAAAGAACCGAAGAAUGCGACAUUGGAUGUGCAGUUGCGACGCACAAUCUAGGUGAGUUCGCAGAGAUGGACGGGAAUAUUGCGGAAGCACGAAAGCGGUUCGACGAGGCGAGGAGUUUGGCAAAAGCAGUCGGCUUCCAGGAGGGAGUUGCGAAUUCCGAAGAGGCUCUCCGGAGGGUUGGCCACACUUAG